UGGGACCAACUUCGCGAAGCGGGGAGCCCGGCGGGGGGGUGGGGGGAGCAAAAGACCUGCGGCCUCAGCCCCUCCAAAGAGCCGGGAGAUGACGGGGAAAGCGGGGGAAGCGCUGAGCAAGCCCAAAUCCGAGACAGUGGCCAAGAGUACCUCGGGGGGCGCCCCGGCCAGGUGCACGGGGUUCGGCAUCCAGGAGAUCCUGGGUUUGAACAAGGAGCCCCCCAACUCCCACCCGCGGGCUGCCCUCGACGGCUUGGCCCCCGGGCACUUGCUGGCGGCGCGCUCAGUGCUCAGUCCCGCAGGAGUGGGCGGCAUGGGGCUACUGGGGCCCGGGGGGCUCCCCGGCUUCUACGCGCAGCCCACCUUCCUGGAAGUGCUGUCCGACCCGCAGAGCGUCCACUUGCAGCCGCUGGGAAGAGCGUCGGGGCCGUUGGACACCAGCCAGACGGCUAGCUCGGAUUCUGAAGAUGUUUCCUCCAGCGACCGAAAAAUGUCCAAAUCGGCUUUAAACCAGACCAAGAAACGGAAGAAGCGGCGACACAGGACAAUCUUUACUUCCUACCAGCUAGAGGAGCUGGAGAAGGCAUUCAAUGAGGCCCACUACCCAGAUGUCUAUGCCCGGGAGAUGCUGGCCAUGAAAACGGAGCUUCCAGAAGACAGGAUACAGGUCUGGUUCCAGAACCGCAGGGCCAAGUGGAGGAAACGGGAGAAGUGCUGGGGCCGGAGCAGCGUCAUGGCGGAGUACGGCCUCUACGGGGCCAUGGUGCGGCACUCUAUCCCCCUGCCAGAGUCCAUCCUCAAGUCCGCCAAGGACGGCAUCAUGGACUCCUGUGCCCCGUGGCUGCUGGUUCAAGAUGGCUUUCCCAGGCGCUUUUCUAAACCCGAAUACCAACAAUUCUUUUUAGGGAUGCACAAAAAGUCGCUGGAGGCAGCCGCGGAGUCGGGGAGGAAGCCCGAGGUGGAGCGCCAGGCCCCGCCCAGACUGGACAAGAUGGAGCCGGAGGAGCGGGGCCCCGACCCUCCAGCGGCCAUGUCCCAGGAGGAACUGAGAGAGAACAGCAUUGCCGCGCUCCGAGCCAGAGCUCAGGAGCACAGCACCAAAGUGCUGGGGACUGUGUCUGGGCCCGACAGCCUGGCCCGGAACGCCGUGGAGCCCGAGGAGGAGGAGGCCAUGGACGAAGACAGGCCCACGGAGAAGCUGAGUCCGCCGCAGCUGGAGGACAUGGCUUAGAUCAAGGGCUCGCAGAUCCCGAGCCCCAGGACUCUGCUCUCCUCGGGGCCUGUGGUGUUGGGAGGUGUUCUCUGAGGCAGGGCUCGGGCCUGGCCUCUGCCACCCUCCUCCUGCCCCACGGGGGCCCCCAUGACCCCCCGGGCUGAUUUCAGGCACAACUCAGUUCUGGCCAAGGGUUUGGGCCGUGCUGAGACACCCCCUAUCUAGUCUUGACCUCUCUGGCAUCUUCCUUCUCAUCCCAACAUCCCUGCCUCAGAAGCCUUCUUGCUGCCCCAAACCAUCUCCUCAAGCCACUUUCACUCAACCCCUUGGUGACUCUCAGUGUCCAGAUCCACCCCUCACUCUCUGUUCUCUUGCUUGAAAGAGGCCCCCCAGCCCCGCUCCCCAGCCCUAUACCCCCUGUGGAUUCUGCUCUGCCCAGGCCCAAAGCCCGCUGCUGCCAACUCAUUACCUGCCGCAACAGUACCAGGGACUGAGGACCUGCAUUCUAGUACCAGUGCCCUGAGCUCCCCCAGGCUUUGGCAAAACUGUGCUCCUCGGCCUGUUCCCUCCUGAGGGCCUGGGCCUCCACAGUGUGGAUAUUACCCCCCCAAAACACAUACCCAUAGGCCCAGGCUCAACCUCUGCCCCACCCCAUCGAUGGGGCCCAGAUUCCAGCUUAAACUUGGAAGGUGUCCUCGUGAGCCCCUCAGCCCCCCUCCAUCUCAUGUCCUCUGUAGUCACCCUUGUGUACCUGCCUGCCCUCUCCACCCACCCCGCCCCCGCCCCCGGCCUGCCCCACUGCUCUCCCCAGCAUGAGACCACAGACACUCUACCUGUAGAGUCCAGGGCCGGUGCCCUGCAGACAGCAGGCACCUGUCAAAAAUGCUGUGGUCAGGGCACUGUUGGGGAGGCCAGACUCUUACCCAGAGCCUUUGGGCCUGCGUUCUGAAGCAUCCUGAUCCCCCCCCCCCCGCCAUAUACUGCCCACGACUCUGAUUUGCUGUGCAGGACACCCUUCUAGAGCUUCUUGCUGUUCAUUGGGGCGCAUGUGUCCUGCCUGUCCAACCCGAUCUAGCCAUUAAAUGAACACACAGGAAGCCACAAAUCUUGGCUCGACUUGAUCCAGGCCAUCCCUGGGAGGUGAAGCCUGGAGUGGACCUGGGGUUAUUACAGGCAUCAAGGAGUGGCCACAAAAAGGGUACGAGAAAGGGCUCGAAGGAGAGCAAGGCAGGAGCCAGGAUUAGACUCUAACUAAGCAACAGGUACACGCACCUGCCAGGUGUGUGCUGUGGCGUCUGUCGGUAAGAAUAGGACGGAACAGUGACCGUGGAGGAAUAGGGGACUGGGGGCUUCUUCCUGUCUGCUGAUGGGAGGAAAUUCCACCUGGGAUGUUCUCCCCGCAGCUGCCCCCUCCACCCCCCAGGCCAGGCCUAUGUCACCCUCAUGCCCUUGACAUUUCCCUCUACCUUCCCACCCACCUUUGCAGGGAAUACCUCGCAAGAGAAAGGCCUGAGACAGUGAGUUUGGAUUUUAAUUCCAUAUCAAAAGUUGAUUUCUUCCUCAUUCUGUUCAUGGAACGCCCUUCUUCUCCAUGUCUUUGUUCCCUGUUGGUUUGAAGUGUUAGAGACUUUAGUCCCCGGUGUGUAAAUACUGUACAUAGAAGUGGGAAGAAAGAAACUUGAUAUUGAAGUGUUUGAAAUAUGGAAAUGUAAUAACUCUAGGUAUUCUAAACCUGUGAUUUCUGUGCCAUUUUCUGUAAAGAUACAAGUAAGAAUAAAAUUGAUGUAAAAACAUCAGGGGAGGGAUCCAGGAAUCCUCCGUGGGUGAGGACGGUGUAUGGAUGGGU